AUGUACUUCCCACGUUACUGGCGUAAUCACAAUCUUUUCUACAUCCUGGUGGCUAUUGAGUUCCCCAUCACGGUGAUUAUCUUGACAUUUACCGGUAUCGCGUCCCAUGAUCUAUACCGGAGCAAGCUGUGGCAGGAUGGCGCCGACAACGGCUUCAACAGUGCCCCUGACGAGGUGCUCUACGCCGCUGCCAACUACCGCAGCUUCAAAGUCCCCAUGGUCUGGGGCUCAUUUAUCACCGACUACAAUCUAGUCCUGGGGGUGUUGAGCACCUUCUUCAUGAUCACCAAGGUCCCCGUCCAUGUCCUUCGAAUCUUCUACCCGCCCUUAUCGGUCUUUGUUCAUGCUGCAUUGUUUGCUCUAUACAUCCCGGCGGCGGUAUACCAGGGUGGCAGUGAUACAUCGGAUCCCAAGCAUCCUCAGCGGGGUCCCCCAUGGUACAUUACAAAGAAGUGCUCGGUAGCUUCGAACCCGGACAAUGUCGCAUACUGCAAUCAGGCAAAGGCACUCUUUGCUUUUACCAUUAUCAUCAUUGUCCUCUACUUCGUUGAACUCGUUGUGAGCAUUCACUCCUGCUUCAUAACGGCAGAGGAGCGUGCAGAGCGAGAAGAACGUCGCGAGGAGAAGAGAACCAUGAAAGAAUAUGAGGACCUAGUUCUCAAGUCUCCAACCAUGUUCCCGAUGUCCGCGGCCGCAUAUGCAGAUACGAUGCAAGGAGCGCAGACCGCACCCAUGACGACGACACCACGUAGUCUCGCCUUUAACCGCGUGGGAACGGACUCAUCCGACCUUCCCCCUUCGAGAACAUUUUAG